GGUGGCGGCCGUCGGGGUGCCGCUCCUGGGGAGUGGCUCUUCCCUCCUGCCUACUCCCCAGCUCGGUGGUUGGCUGCCCCUCCCACCCGGGGGUGGCGGCGGCGGCGGCGGCGGCCAUCUAGGCCAUGGCGGCGACUACUGCUAACCCGGAAAUGGCAUCAGAUGUGCCAUCGCUGGGUCCCACCAUUGCCUCUGGAAACUCUGGGCCUGGGAUUCAAGGUGGAGGGGCCAUUGUUCAGAGGGCUAUUAAGCGGCGGCCAGGGCUGGAUUUUGAUGAUGAUGGAGAAGGGAACAGUAAAUUCUUGAGGUGUGAUGACGAUCAGAUGUGUAAUGAUAAAGAGCGGUUCGCCAGGUCGGAUGAUGAGCAGAGCUCUGCGGAUAAAGAGAGACUUGCCAGGGAAAAUCACAGUGAAAUUGAACGGCGACGACGGAACAAGAUGACAGCUUACAUCACAGAACUGUCAGACAUGGUACCCACCUGCAGCGCCCUGGCUCGAAAACCAGACAAGCUGACCAUCUUGCGCAUGGCGGUCUCUCACAUGAAGUCCUUGAGAGGAACCGGCAACACAUCCGCCGACGGCUCCUACAAGCCAUCUUUCCUCACCGACCAGGAAUUGAAACACUUGAUCUUGGAGGCAGCUGAUGGCUUUCUGUUUAUUGUCUCCUGUGAGACAGGCCGGGUGGUAUACGUCUCUGAUUCAGUGACUCCUGUUUUGAACCAGCCACAAUCUGAGUGGCUUGGUAGCACACUGUAUGAACAGGUGCACCCAGAUGAUGUGGAUAAACUUCGUGAGCAGCUUUCCACUUCAGAAAAUGCCCUGACAGGGCGAAUCCUGGAUCUAAAGACUGGAACAGUGAAAAAGGAAGGCCAGCAGUCCUCCAUGAGGAUGUGCAUGGGCUCAAGGAGAUCAUUCAUUUGCCGAAUGAGGUGUGGCAGUAGUUCUGUGGACCCUGUUUCCAUGAAUAGACUGAGCUUUUUGAGGAACAGAUGCAGGAAUGGACUCGGCUCUGUAAAGGAAGGAGAGCCUCACUUUGUGGUCGUCCACUGCACAGGUUACAUCAAAGCCUGGCCCCCAGCAGGUGUUUCCCUCCCAGAUGACGACCCUGAGGCGGGCCAGGGGAGUAAGUUUUGCCUAGUGGCCAUUGGCAGAUUGCAGGUGACUAGUUCUCCUAACUGUACAGACAUGAGUAACAUUUGUCAACCAACAGAGUUCAUCUCCCGACAUAACAUUGAGGGGAUAUUCACUUUUGUGGAUCAUCGGUGUGUGGCUACUGUCGGCUACCAGCCACAGGAACUCUUAGGAAAGAAUAUUGUAGAAUUUUGUCAUCCCGAAGACCAGCAGCUUCUAAGAGACAGCUUCCAACAGGUGGUGAAGUUAAAAGGCCAGGUGCUGUCUGUCAUGUUCCGAUUUCGAUCUAAGAACCGAGAAUGGCUCUGGAUGAGAACCAGCUCCUUUACUUUCCAGAACCCAUAUUCAGAUGAAAUUGAGUAUGUCAUCUGUACCAACACCAGUGUGAAGAACUCUAGCCAGGAGCCCCGGCCUACACUGUCCAGCACAAUGCAGAGGACACAGCUAGGUCCCACAGCUAGUUCACCCCUAGAGAUGGGCUCAGGGCAGCUGGCGGCCAGGCAGCAGCAACAACAAACAGAAUUGGACAUGGCACCAGGAAGAGAUGGACUGGUCAGCUAUAACCAUUCCCAGGUUUCUGUCCAGAGUGUAACAGCCACUGGACCAGAACACAGCAAACCCCUUGAGAAGUCAGACGGUCUAUUUUCCCAGGAUAGAGAUCCAAGAUUUUCCGAAAUAUAUUCCAACAUCAGCACAGAUCAGAGUAAAGGCAUCUCCUCCAGCACUGUCCCUGCCACCCAGCAGCUAUUCUCCCAAGGCAGCUCAUUUCCUCCUACGCCCCGGCCGGCAGAGAGCUUCAGGAACAGUGGUCUCACCCCUUCUGUAACCAUUGUCCAGCCACCGUCUUCUGCAGGGCAGAUGUUGGCCCAGAUUUCUCGCCACUCCAAUCCUCCGCAGGGAGCAGCCCCAGCUUGGCCCCCUAGCACUCGCCCGGGCUUCUCUGCGCAGCAAGUGGCAACCCAGGCUACAGCCAAGACUCGGUCUUCCCAGUUUGCUGUGGGUAACUUUCAGACUCCAUCCUCCUUCAGUACUGCGGCUCUUCCUGGUGCUCCCACCGCAUCACCUGGUGCCACUGCCUACCCUAAUCUUACCAGUCGUGGAUCCAGCUUUGCUCCUGAGACUGGACAGACUGUAGGACAGUUCCAGACCCGGACAGCAGAGGGUGUGGGUGUCUGGCCACAGUGGCAAGGCCAGCAGGCUCAUCAUCGGUCAGGUUCUGGUGAGCAACAUGUUCAGCAAACGUCAGCACAACCACCUAGCCAGCCUGAAGUUUUCCAGGAAAUGCUGUCCAUGCUGGGAGAGCAGAGCAACACCUACAACAAUGAAGAAUUUCCUGAUCUAACCAUGUUUCCCUCCUUCUCAGAAUAGAACUGUUGGGGUUCCCCUUUCCCUCCUGGAACUUCCCCAGCCUCCAUCCCUUGCCUCUCUGAGGUAAUUCUGGAAGAAAGUAAAUCAGUCUCCCAGGCUUUCAGGCCCCUCUGAAAAGUUGAGGCUAGUGAGGUUAGCAUGCCUCUCCUCAUGUCUCCUGACCGGAAGAAUGAGUUGACAGCACUCGUUUGUGCCUGCGUCAACAGGCAGAAGAAACUGACCUCCGCUGUUUGCCUUGGAUACUGCAGCUUGUUUGGGUAAAGAAGUUCUGAGAAGAGUGGAAGAGAGGAGAAAUGUCCUCAUAUUUGAGGGCUGGGAAUCAUGAUAGGUAUAUAUGGGGUUUUGGGAAGUGAGUUUAGGCUCUUUCUGUUACCUGGGAGCAGUUCCCCUGGACAGAAGCAUGUGUGAGAGAGAGAGUGUUUGCAUUUGUGUAUGUGUGUGUGUGUGACUGUGUGUGUGUAUUUGUGUGCACCCAUGCACACGUGUGCGUUCUUGCAUUCUUUUCUUUCUCCCUAUUAGGGAGUUUAUGCAAAGAUUGUCCCAGAUUUUAUCCUUUAUCUUUCUCUGUGCUCCUCAAAGAGUCCCAAGGAGUUAACUCUUCCAGGCAUUUUCCACUUAAUAUUGCAGCCAAAGAGUGUUUAAAUCCAGUCUUUGCUGCACUUAAAGCUGUGCCCAGCCAAAGUGCACCUGUAGGCAAAUACCUAAAGUCUUCUGUUGAUAGGGCUGGCGUCUUAGUGGCCAUAUUCCGUGGUCAAGCUGGACUCUUCGUGCUUUUUGGUGCUCUCUCCUCAUCUGGAAGAUCUGUAAGCAUUACCAGAAUGGGCUGGCUGGGUCAAUACUUUCAGAAAUCCCAGAUUUGGCCAUAAAGAUAAUGCUGUAUUUUUCUGUCAGUCUCAUAUGAUGUAUCCUGGAGAGGUCAUUUGUACAUGGAAACUCAACUUCUUGGACUAGCAAUGCCCAGGAAGGUCUUCAGUGCUGGGGUGUAAGCCAAAUACAGAGGGCUCCGGCGCAGAAGCCUUCUUGGUCCUACCUUUAAAUAUCCCAUCAGCAAAAAAGCAGAUUUAGGUCUUUCCUAGGUCUGUAGUUCUUUCUCUCUUUGCUCCUUUCCCAAUCCUUAGGUUGGGUUUUGCUUCGGAGCACAAAUACCAUUGUGUGUGUUAGACGGGACAUGGACGCCCAUCGUACAGGGUCACUUAGUGAUUAUAGCCAUAGAAACGUGGGUACAGGUCACUGCUCUCGCCCUCCACCCUCCUCAGGUAAGUCUCUCAUAUCAGCCUUUUUUUUAUUGGCUCCUGCCAGUAUGUAAAUGCAAGACUGAAUUAAUGUGGAAAAGACAUGAAGUGUAUUCAUAAGUGACUGAGGAGCACAGGCAGCCUUGGGGAAGCUGAGGGAAUUUCACGUACUAGUUUUCCCGCUGUUCUCACUACAGUCUGGUGCCAGGUUGUGGAAUGGAAAAGGAGACAAUUUAUUUUUUUAUUCUAUGUGCACACAUACAGUAUACAUAUAUAUAUAUAUUUAUAUCACAAUUUACGAAACCAAAAGGUUGAGUUUCCAAUGGAAUAUUUGUUUUUUAAUAAUCAACUUGUUUUUAAAUGUGAUUGGGACUAUAAUGUACAGUUAACAUAGGGCUUCAGAGGAAGGGGAAGGGAGGGAGAAGAUGCUCUGGGGAUUUUGUUUCUGCUUUUCCUUCAGGGUUUUACUUUUGAUUGUUUUCUUUUGUGUUCCUGUUGGCCAUUUCUGUAUUGCCGGCCUCUGCUAAGCCUUACAGUGGCAAACAUAAUGAUAUGUAGCAAAGAUUUUAAAACAAAGUAUUUUUUUCCUUUUGUAAAACA